GGGAGCAGCAACCCGGCAAGGGAAAUAGACAAUCGGCCAUUUUGGAAGUUUAUCCAUUGGUGUGAAACGGUGUGGUCUUUAAUUUACCAAAUAUUUUGAUUUAUUCUAGGGCUUGAAAGCAACACUCCGUCAUGGAGUCGUUGAACGCGAACCUCCUGAGCCAGUCGUUGAAUUUCAAUGGACAGCAGAUGCAAAAAUUGUGGGAAGCCGAGUACGGCGAGAAUGAUUUGCAUCGGAGGAACGUCAAGGAUGUUAAUUUCCAAGUGUACAGCGAGAGACAGAAGCAUCUGUCUUUCCAGGAUCGAGGCAAACGCCUCAAACUCCAGCAGUUUGUCGUCAAGAAAGCGAAUAUGUUGUUUGCGACUGAAGCGGCCGAUUUUGAGUAUAAACCGGAAGAGGGGCCCGUUAGUGAAGACACGUAUGCGAUCAUGCCUCCAUUUGAGACCUUUCUCAAUGUUGACAAACAACAAAGGCUCAAAUAUUUCUUUAAGAGCGUGAAAGUGGGCGACCUCAUUAUUGGGACUAUUGUGAGUAAAACUCAAUCUGGGAUGAUGCUCAAGGUGCUAUGCACGGCAGGGCCAGGGCCUAAUAUAAUCUACGCCGCUGACAUCAAUGUUAAGGCAUUCUGUCCGGUGGCGAAUAUAAUACCGGCAGUUGAUAAGAAGGGCAUAACUCGCAGCUACAUGAUGAAUGAUUCAGUUUGCUGCGAAGUAAUCGAAAAAAUUCCCGACUCGGAUAAGAUGGUGUGUUGCAUGAAGGGCACACCUAGAAAAGCAAACGAUCCCGAACGUCGUCCACCGUUGGGAUUAAUCAGUGCUGACGAUUUUCCAUUGGCUUACAAGAAGGCUUUGGAUCACAAGAACGAAAGCUAUGACGCUGUCCUAGAAAAGAGCAUUGGUUUCAACAAUCCGAAUAACAUUUCGUAUUUGGCCGGACUUUUGGGAAUUAAAGAACAUUGCACGCUUAUGAAAGGACUAAAGGGACGAUUUGCUGAAAAUGAAUACGCCAAUGAAUUACGUCAAGUUCAAGCGAGUAAAUGGGCAUAUCGUAACGUAGCUGAUGGUAUUGACCAUUUCAAAGCUGGCAAACAUGUCGAAGCUUUUCAAUGCCUAAACAAAGCAUUAAAUAUCGAUCCUAAAAACGUUGAAGGUCUGGUAGCACGUGGCGCUUUAUAUGCAAAUAGUGGCAAUUUUCAAAAAGCCAUCGCCGAUUUUGAAACGGCCCUCAAACUAAAUCCAAAUCACGGCAACGCUCGUAAGUAUAUGGGCGAAACGCUUGUAGCACUCGGUCGAAGUUACGAAGAAGAAGAUAAAAUCGAAGAGGCGAGAAAAUCGUACCAGAGUUGUCUCAGUUUGAUACCUAAUCAUGAAGAAGCGCAAAAUUCUCUAAAAUUUUUAAAGAAUAAAACAUCCGCAACAAAGAAUCUAAUCGAACCCACAGAAUUGUUACUACCAAACUUGUCAACAUCAUCUAAAACAACCGAUGUAAAUGAUGCACUUAAACAAUUGCUGAAAAACGAAGAUGAGGAGAAGAAAGACAAGAAAAAGAAAAAGAAGAGCAAGAAACGAAAGAACCGAAGACAUUCGAGUUCUAGUUCCAGCUCAAGUUCAUCGGGAAGCAACGACAGUUCGAGCAGUUCAUCGUCGAGUUCCAGCGAUUCGAGCUCAAGUUCCGGCGAUAGUGAUUUUAAAAAACGCAAGAAACAUCGUUCUCGAUCACAUCGUCGCGAAAAACAGAGUUCGUUAAGUCCAUUAAGUAAACGAAUGGCGAUGAUGGAUCAAUCGCACGAUACUCCAAAUACUUACACGUUUAAUAAGCCGGCGGCUACCAGUGCCAUGUUUGAUUUCAAUCUUGAACAGCCGAGCGAAACUCAAAAACCAACAGAUUUGAGUUACGAACAGAGAUUAAGAAUGUUCUUACAAGAGACUAAAGGUGAUUCCGAUUAUGAGGAAAAGGUAAGGAAAUUUUUAGAGGAGAGUACAAAGUGGAAGAAGGAGAAACGAAGCGAUGAGAAGAAAAAGAAACGUAAGAAGGACAGAAAGAGCAAGAAGGAUAGUAAGAAAAAGAAGAAGGAAAAGAAAUUGAAACGGAAAGGUUUCGAUUUGAGUGAAUUCGAGGAUCAUAAAAAAUUGAGAGAUGCGAUUAAAAAGGAGUUGAGUAAGGGGAAAAAGUCGAAGAAGCAUAGUAUACCAUCGGACGACGAUGAGUACUUUUUGCAAAAGGCGGGCUAUACUAAACGUUUUAUCGAUAGUUUACCCGAUUUGGAAGAAUUAGAAUCAAAAUUGAACGCUUACUAUGCAAUGGAAAAAGAAUCCAAGAGAAGUGAACUCGGUGAAAGCCCCAAACGUGCCCUUCUCGAUUCGCCUUCGCCCACUCGUGAGCAGAAAGCUCGUCAGGCGGUGGCUGAAGCCGCCGCCACCGCUGGUUCGGCGAACAAAUGGAAAAUGCAGAUCGGUUCUCAACCACCCCCAUCUACAAGCAGUUCUCGUUUCAAAAAGAAACCAUCAGAUCGUGAAGAAUGGAAAGAGGAACAACAACAAAUGAUGGAUAAACGUGGUAUGGCAUCUGGUAAAAAUGGUAAUUUUGAAGAGUCGCCACGAAAAAGUCAACAACUUCCUGUACCACCACCUGAGAAGAAUAUGAGUGUACGCAAAGCCAUGGCGAUGAAAGAACCACCGCCACCAAAACGACCCGAUUCACCGAAAAACAAACCGAAAUUGUUGCCACCAAUACCGGCAGUUAACCCAUUGGUGAAUCCAGGACAGGUGGUUUUGGACAAGUUUGGUAAUUUCAGAUUGAUGACACCGCCAGAAUUGAAAAAGGGACGAGAUGAUAUGCCACCGUUACCACCAGGUCGCCGCCCUCCUGAGCCCCCAGGUCGUCCUCGUUCCGACAGUCGUUCCCCGAAACGUCAUAGUAGAUCCCGCUCUCGCCGUACUCGCUCUUCGAGCGCCUCACGUUCUAGAUCUCGCAGUUACCGAAGCCGUUCCCGCUCGUAUUACAGCCGUUCCAGAUCACGUUCCGGUUCUUACUAUUCUAGAAGUCGUUCCCGCUCUCGCAGCUAUUCGGGCGAUCGUCGGCGAUACCGACGAGGCGGUUUCCGAGGCCGCUACAACGACCGAGGCACUUACUACAAGCCGCGCUUCCAGAAUCCUCGCAACAACAUCCGAGGUAGAGGAGGAGGCGGCGGCGGUGGCGGUUACUAUAACCGGGAUGGCAGGUAUAACGAUAGGGAGUACAGAGGGCGUGGCAGGCCGUAUAAUAACUAUAACAACAGAGGCGGAAGAAGACCGAGAGGUAGAUACCAAAGAGGCGGCUACAGAGAGUAUAGAGAUAGAAGGGAUUAUAGGAGUAGGUCAAGGGAUAGAAGUAGGUCGAUGAGCGGAAGCCGAGAUAGGGAUUCGGAUGAGGUGAUGAAGAAGGCGGCGAAUGCUGAAAAGGAUAAAGUUAACAAGUAUAUGGAUAACGAAGGAGAGCAAAUAAGGCAUGAAGGACCAUUGUCGGAAGGAGAGGACAGAGAUGAUUAUACAUCGAAUGAGAAAUUUGUGGAUAGGGAAGCGUUUGGUGGAAAGUGGGCAGAAAAGGAAGAAGGUGGAGGACAAGAUAAUGGUGGUGGAGGAGAUGGAGAUGGCGGGAAAGUGGACAAGACUAACAUUCCGUCAGAAAGUAACAUUGAAGAAAUGGAUAAGUUUCUGACUAAAGUAAAGAAAGAUAAGAAGGAAGAAAUGAUGGAAAGAAACAAAGACUUGUUGAAGAAUAAGUCUUAAUUAGCUUUGUGUUAUGUAGAAAUUUUAAAUGUUUAUUAGUUUUUUUUUCUUUAGCUUUUCCUUAAUAUUUUGACGUAAUUGUGUUUUCACUCUACUGAAUUUUUCCUAAUUCAAUAUAAAUAUGUAAUCAGUUCAAA